AACCUACGACCCAACAGAACACUGAGCGUCUUGUACAAACUUGCCCCCUCGGAGGGAAAGCUCUUAGCACACCUAGAUGCCAAAUAACUGACCAUGAGCCAGGCUAUCAGAGCCGUAGGCACUAUGAACGACAAGUACCACCGGGCAGCCCGGGAUGGCUACCUGGACCUACUCAGAGAGGCCACUCGGAAGCAGCUCAACGCGCCCGAUGAAGACGGAAUGACACCGACGUUAUGGGCUGCGUACCACGGCAACCUUGAUGCGCUCCGACUCGUUGUGGGAAGAGGAGGUGACCCUGACAAGUGUGAUAUUUGGGGCAACACUCCGCUCCAUCUGGCCGCCGCCAACGGCCACCACAGCUGCCUGUCCUUCCUGGUGUCGUUCGGUGCCAAUGUGUGGUGCCUGGACAACGACUACCACACGCCCCUCGACAUGGCCGCCACCAAGAGCCACAUGGACUGUGUCCGAUACCUGGACUCCAUCGCCGCCAAGCAGUCUGUCCUCAACCCCAAGCUGGUGGAGAAGCUGAAAGACAGAGCAUUCCGCGCAACAGAAAGGAGGAUAAAGGACUGUGUGAAGAUGCAGCAGAAACACCACCAGCGGCUGGAGAGAACGUUCCUGAAGGAGAGCGUGAGGUCGGAUAACUCAGACGCCAUGAGUUUCUCUAGUUAUAACAGCAGCAGCACGCUAAGCCGCAAUCUUCCUCAGUUCAACACUGCCAACAUGCCAUACUCACAGGCCACUGUACACUCCACAGCCAAGGGGAGGACCAAGAUUCACAAGAAGCUAGAGAAGAAGAAACAGGUGGACGGCACCUUUAAGAUCUACGAGGAUGGGAGGAAGAGCGUUCGCUCGCUGUCUGGCCUUCAGCUUGGCCAGGACGUCAUGUUCCUAAAGCAGGAAACUUACGCCAACUCUCAGGACCACUCGCGCCUCAACAUCCGGGACAUGGCCGACACCAUCUUCCACCUCUCCCGUGCCAUCAGCAACCCGGUUCUCCACGAGGCCGCCUACUCCGAGAUCAGCACUGACUCGGGCCGUGACUCCCUUUUCACCCGGCCCGGUCUUGGAACCAUGGUGUUCCGACGGAACUACGUCUCCGAUGGCCUCUUCGCCAUUGGAGCCCGGGACGAGGGUUCUGUGGCUGGCUCCGAGCCGGUGGGUCGUGCCCCUAACGUCCGCCUCCAUGGCCGUCUCCCCCGGCGCCAGACCAGCCUGGAUGAUGCAAUAAAGAUAGACAGCAUCAUGAGUGCCCUGAGCCUCCAGGAGAGGAACCUGCAGGAGCUGCCCUGGGAGGAGGCUGACGUGGGCCUGGACGAGGAGCUGCCCUGGGAGGAGGCUGACGUGGGCCUGGACGAGGAGCUGGAGCCUGAGAGUGGACGCCUGGAGACGUUUCUUGCCUCCCAGAGCCUGGGGGAGUUCAUGCCCAUUUUCAGAAGGGAGAAGAUUGACCUCCAAGCUCUGUUGCUCUGCUCAGACCAGGACCUGACCUCCAUACACAUCCCACUGGGACCCAGGAAGAAGCUGCUAAAGGCUUGUAAGAGACGGCUGGACACCCUGGAGGAACCAGAGGGCAUCGAGGACACUGAGCUCUGACGAGAGAUCUGGAUACUUCAUCUAGAAUGACACACAAAGUCCUGUCUGCCUAGCAGCUCUAGUCCAUGGAGAGCUGUGGUCCUACCUAGCAGCCCUAGUCCAUGGAGAGCUGUGGUCCUACCUAGCAGCCCUAGUCCAUGGAGAGCUGUGGUCCUGCCUAGCAGCCCUAGUCCAUGGAGAGCUGUGGUCCUACCUAGCAGCUCUAGUCCAUGGAGAGCUGUGGUCCUACCUAGCAGCCCUAGUCCAUGGAGAGCUGUGGUCCUACCUAGCAGCCCUAGUCCAUGGAGAGCUGUGGUCCUACCUAGCAGCCCUAGUCCAUGGAGAGCUGUGGUCCUACCUAGCAGCUCUAGUCCAUGGAGAGCUGUGGUCCUACCUAGCAGCCCUAGUCCAUGGAGAGCUGUGGUCCUACCUAGCAGCCCUAGUCCAUGGAGAGCUGAGAUGGUGUUAGGAUUAUCCACACAGAGCUGUGGUCCUGCCUAGCAGCCCUAGUCCAUGGAGAGCUGUGGUCCUACCUAGCAGCCCUAGUCCAUGGAGAGCUGUGGUCCUACCUAGCAGCCCUAGUCCAUGGAGAGCUGUGGUCCUACCUAGCAGCCCUAGGUCAUGGAGUCCUGAGAUGGUGUUAGGAUUAUCCACACAGAGCUGUGGUCCUACCUAGCAGCCCUAGUCCAUGGAGAGCUGUGGUCCUACCUAGCAGCCCUAGUCCAUGGAGAGCUGUGGUCCUACCUAGCAGCCCUAGGUCAUGGAGAGCUGUGGUCCUACCUAGCAGCCCUAGGUCAUGGAGAGCUGUGGUCCUACCUAGCAGCCCUAGGUCAUGGAGAGCUGUGGUCCUACCUAGCAGCCCUAGGUCAUGGAGAGCUGUGGUCCUACCUAGCAGCCCUAGGUCAUGGAGAGCUGUGGUCCUACCUAGCAGCUCUAGUCCAUGGAGAGCUGUGGUCCUACCUUGCAGCUCUAGUCCAUGGAGAGCUGUGGU